CAUCUGCUCUCUAUCUCAAGCUCCACAUCUGGCGCCCAAACCCACUGGAGCUCCUCCAGAUCCAAACCCAGUUCCUCCCAAACCUACAGCUGCUGCCCCGGCCACGGCCCCCAAACCUUCAGGACCAGCAGUGGGUCCGACUCCGAACAUCAAACCACUAACACCGACCCUGGCUCCAGCUCCAGCUCCAUCCCCGGCUCCGGCCCUGGUUCCUGCUCCGGCCCCGGCUCCGGCCCCGGCUCCAGUUCCAACUCCGGCCCCGGCCCUGGCCCUGGCUCCAGUUCUGGCUCCGACCCCGGCCCCGACCCCGGCUCCGGCUCCGGCUCCGGCUCCGGCUCCGGCUCCGGCUCUGAGGAAAGGCCCUGCGAUCCCGACCAAACCAGAGACCACCAUCACCGCUAACCCAAACUCCUCAGACCCUCCUCU